AUGAAUGAUGAAAGAAGAUCAGAGCUUUUUGAGCUGAAUACUAGAGCUUGGAAUGGGGAGGAUGUUUUUCCAUUGAAAAACAAGAAAUUAGAUUCUAGUAUUAAAAAAAAUACAGGAUUUAUAAAGAAAUUGAAGAAAGGUUUUACGAAGGAUUCCAAAGAUUCUUUAUUGAAGGAUUUAUCUGAAAUUUCUUUGGCAAAGUAUCUAUCAGAAUUAGUUACUACUGUAAAUGAGGUACUUUCGAACGUACCAAACAGGAAUGAAGAGGUUCUCGUCGCUAUAGAAGUCAUCAGUGCCAUGCAUCAAAGAUUUAGUACAAGUUUCACACCAAAGCUGUUCCAGCUUUUCCUAGGCAAUUUUGAAAACCCAGCAGAUUCUGCCAAUAUUGAGAAGAAUGAAAUAACCAGACUGAAUAAGUUAAAUGGUAAUUUACGGAUAUUCACAGAGUUAUACUUAGUUAAUAUCUUUACUACUUUGGAUGAUGUUGUCUCCAAAGAUGCACUUCCAUUAUUUUUGCAAAAAGGGUUGAAUAAGAAAGAAAGUCUUCUUUUUAGUAUACUUAAAGAAGUUUUAAAUUUCAAGUUUAACUUGGGCUACACCACAACUGUCGGAACAAGCUUCGUGAAGAGAUUUCCCUUCUUCUUUGAUAAAGAUGACACUACUUGGGAUAAGUUUAUCUCAGACGAGACUGUCAGACCAUCCCUACAAGCCUUAUUUAAAGUCUUCACAGAAGCUGUUUCUGGUAAAGCAGUUGAGUUAAAUAAGAAAAUAAACAAAUUGAUGAAAGAGCAUCAGAAAUGUCAAAUUAGAACGGGGAAAUUAGUAGAUGAAUAUAUCGAAGAGCAUGACACUUUAAUGCCAAUCUUUGAAAGAUUCAAAAGUGCUAUAGAAAUAUUGGGGGAAGCUUUAAAUAUGAAUGUUCCAAAAUUUAAAGAUGAAAAACCCAUUGAAGAUGAAGCUAUCGUACCUAUGAUAAUAAAUCAAGUACUGCCUCCUAAUGAGAGACUGUGGGAAAAUGAUGAAACCCGUAGAUUCUAUGAGAAUCUUCCAGAUAUUGCAGAUUUGGUAGAAGAAUCAAUGAACUCAACAGAUGCCGCACAGUCUACAGCCGAUGCGAUAAACGAAUUCUUCAAUGUAUUAGAAAUGACUGAAACAAAGGAAUCGAUCGAUGAACUAACCGUAUCGUACUGGAGAAAUCAUUUGGACAAUAAAGCAACUAGAAAUAGACUGCUAAAGUUUUUUAUUGAAACUCAAGAAUGGAGUAAAAUUAGGAUAUAUUCUAGAUUUGUUGCUUCAAAUAGUCAGUACCUUCCUGAAGUUAGCGAGGAACUUAUUAAGUAUCUGGAUAACGGCUUCAGAAAUCAGUUGCACUCAAAUAAAAUAAAUGUGAAGAAUAUCAUUUUCUUCAGUGAAAUGAUCAAAUUUAUGCAGGUACCAAUAUUUAUGAUUUUCCACAAAAUAAGGACAUUAAUCAUGAAUCUUCAUGUGCCUAACAACAUUGAAAUUUUAACCAUUUUUUUUGAGCAUUGUGGAAAAUUCUUAUUGAAUAAGCCUGAACUACAGCCCCAGAUGGAAAAGAUGGUAGAUUUACUGAGAACUAAGAUGAGAGAUAGACAAUUGAACAUGUCAUUAAAAAGUGCUUUAGAUAAUCUACUUACAUUACUUUUUCCUCCCUCUAUCAAAUCGCUCAAUCUUGAAGGAAGGAAAUUAACCCCUGAAGAAGAAUUUUACACUGUUCUGAUUAGAAGUGAACUCUCUAAUGUAGACUAUAGAAGGGCGGUAAAUCUGAUACGUAAGGCGAAUUGGAAAGAUGGAAAUGUGUAUAACACAUUGUUCGCUCUAUUCACAGAACCUGAAAAAGUGAACUAUCAAAAUAUAUCCAUUUUGUCUAAACUUCUGAAUGGUUUAUAUGCCUAUCAAAGAAAUUUUGUUAUUAAAACCAUAGAUCAGGUACUAGAAAAUAUUGAACGUGGACUGGAAACUAAUGUUUACAGUGAAAAUAUGUCUAGAAUAGCAAAUGUCAGAUAUUUAACAGAAAUAUUUAACAUGGAGAUGAUCAAGGCCACCGUUUUUUUGGAUGUUAUUAAUAAUAUCAUCAGGUUUGGAUGUUUCAGAAAUUUGCCAAAUCCUGCAUAUUUAAACGAAUCAGACCCACCUGAUAAUUAUUUUAGGGUGCACCUAGUGACCACGAUUCUACUAAAUGUAAGAAGAUUUCCUUCCACUUUGACAAAACGAUUGGGCUUGUUGACAAGGUUCUUUGAAUAUUACAUAUUCACAAAGAAUCAACCAUUACCAAAGGAAACAGAAUUCAAGGUAGUUGAUACUUUCGCUAAGAUAUCUGAAACAAUUACUUUUUCAAGAGCCGAUAAUAUAAAAGACUGUGCCUCUAUAUUAGAGGGGCUAGUAAAGUCAUUGAAACCAGUGAAUAAUUCGAUUAAGAACUGUGAGGCCCCAUUACAGAGUGAAGAAGAUUAUGAAGAAGAGGAAGAUGACGAAGACAAUGACGAAGGCCAACAAAUUGACGAUGAUUACGAAAAUUUCGAGGAUCAAAAACAAACUACAGAAGAUGGUGUUGAUUUUCUGGAUGAUUUAUCAGAUGAGAAUGAGAGCGACUUAGCCAAUGACGAUAGUAGUAGUGAGGAGGACGAAUCUGAUGACGAAGAUGAAGACGAAGACGAUGAUAAUUUCAAUGAUAUUGACGCAGAUAGGAAUACUGAAUUGAAGAGAAUGUAUGAUGAAUAUGAGAAGAGAUUAAAGAGUGAAGAAGAGAAAAAGGCAGAAGAAGAGUUAGAGAAACAGUUCCAACAAUUGAUGCUAGAAUCGGUUGAAGAGAGACAAAAUGAGAAGGCCAGUAGUGACAGAAUGCCUAUCAUCACUUCAAAUAUGUCUGGUUUAAAUAAACCUAAGCUGGCUAUUGCAAGGAAGACUAAUGAUGGUGCUUCGAACGGUAGUUCUGAAAAGGUGGCUUUUGCAUUCUUAACCAAAUCGGGUAAGAAAACCAGUUCGCGUACUUUAGCAUUACCUACUGAUGUUAAAUUUGUUUCUGGAGUCUUAAAAGAAGAAGAAAAGUUAAAAAAUGAGAGAGAAAAGAUCAAGCGGAUUGUUUUACAGCGUACCUUUGAUUGA